AUGGCUUCAAUGUUCAACUAUUUCGGCUUCAAUGCCACUGCCCCCAAGGAAGAAACAAAAGCUUCAGCCGUUCGUGCCUUGCCUGCAUCAUGGUACACUUCACCAGAGAUGUACGAACUAGAGCGCCGAGCCAUAUUCUCGAAGAGAUGGCUCUUCAUCACCCACAGCAUGCGGUUGAAGAACACCGGAGACUGGCUCCGCUACGAGCUUGCAGGCUUCGACUUCAUCAUCACUCGCGACCGACAGGGUAACAUCAACGCAUUCCACAACGUGUGCAGACACCGUGCGUACCCGGUCGUUGAGAAAGAGGGAUCUGGGAACUCGCAAAUCCUCGCUUGCCGAUACCACGGCUGGUCCUACGGACUGAAUGGCAAACUCGCCAAGGCUACGAAAUACCAAGAGCUGAGCAACUUCGAUAAGGAGCAGAACGGUCUCUUCAGAAUCCAUCUGAAGGUCGACGUCAACGGCUUCAUCUGGGUCAACAUGGAUGCGAAUGAAGUCCCGGAAGUGUCAUGGGAAGACCAUUUCCGAGACGUCGACAAGCAAGAACGCUACAAAGCCUAUAACUUCGAUGACUACGAUCUCGAUCACACUUAUGCGCUCGAGGGCGACUAUAACUGGAAGAUUCUGGCGGAUAACUUCAACGAAUGUUACCACUGCCCUACAACACACGCCGAUAUUCCUGAGUUCCUUAACCUGGAAUCUUUCGACAGUGAUCUCAAAGAUGGACAUAUCCAACACCACUGCGAAUCUACACCAGAGCAAAUCGAGAAGGGCCUUUACACGGCCAGUACUUACUACUUCCCCAUGUCUGCCAUGGUUGUCUCGCCGCACUUCAUCAUGAUACAGAAAUUCCUCCCCUCAAGCCCGAAAAACUCCAAGAUGGACUACGAGAUCUACCGGAACCGGAACUCCUCUGAGACAGACUUCAAGCUUAUCAGUGAGAUGUACGCGCGCGUCAUGGGAGAAGACAAAGUCCUCUGCAACAACGCACAGAAGAACCUCGACCGGAAUGUCUUUACGAGCGGCGAGCUUCACCCUAAGUACGAGAAGGCCCCGCUGUUCUUCCAGAGCACAGUCCGCGAUGUCAUCACGGAGCACUUUGAGCGUGAGAAAUCCGCGGGCCGGGAGAUCUGGCCGGCGAAACCGAAAGUGUCAUGCAAUGCAGAUGUCAGCGAGAAGGAUGAGCAGAUCUGUGCGGCCCUGGCCUGUGGAGCUCAGAAAGAGGUUUUAGCUUGGUGA